AUGGUGAAAGUUGAAGCUCCCAAUGAAAAGAAGAGAACUUUGGGCAUUGAGGCUCGCGUUUAUCUUGACUGCAAAGGCGUUUGUGGCUUCGCGGAACUCUACGACCGUUUCCAGACGUCCGACGGCAGCCGUGUUCUUGUGAUCCAGCGUCUAGGCACCGACUUAAACCGAAUUAGACUCUCGCUACCCAAUCAGAGCUUAACUCAAGCUGAUGCACUCAAACUUUGCCUGGAAACUUUUGCGCGCAUAUGGUCACUCCAUGAUCGAAAUUGGAUGCACCGGGACAUUAAACCGAGUAAUUUCGUCGUUGGACUGCCUCAAUCUGAGAUGGAUGACCAAGUCUUCAUUAUCGACUUUGGAUUGGCUCGGCAGCGUCGGGAAAAGUCACGUCCAACCGGAGCGUGUCCAAUAUUGGGCACUGACGCCUACAGGCCGAUUUCGAAUUACAGCCGUGUGGAGUACCAGCCGAAGGACGAUAUCGAAUCCUGGUUCUAUAUGUGCCACGAAUUCUUUAAUGGUGCUUUGCCUUGGGACAAACUUCCUCACAGCUCUACUCUCGACUGCAAGAUCCACUGCCGCAAAUUGGGACGUGAUCUGCUGCUGUUUAAUAUGCCUGACACGUUUGACGAGAUCUUAAAGUCCAUCGACUCCUCCAAGACAAAGGUCGACUACUUCCAAAUUUCGACUCUUCUGAAGGCUGCCCUUGCAAAUCUGAGUCAGGAACAGUUGGCAGAGCCGUUCAGUUGGAAGAAAGAUCCCACAAUUGUGCACCGUGCUAUCGAAAUUGAGCAACCAAGAGUCAUCCCUGGCAUUUGA